CAUUCGGCGCACCAAGCUGCUCCCACUUGUUAAAAGCAACAGAAGGAAGCAAAAACCAUAGACGGAGAGCGAGAGGGGUAUUUCUUCACUCAAUCGGAGCUUCAGGAAGGAGGAAAGUUGCAGAAGAGUAAGAGCCAGAAAUGGCUGCUCUUGAAGAAGAAUUGUUUUAGAAGAGAUGAAUGGAUGAUGUCUUCCUAAUUGGAAAAUGGAGGAGGAUGCUACACCUUUCCAUGUUCUUCCUGUUAUAAAUGAAAGGAAGUGCAGUGGACCAGAAAAUGAGCUAAUAGAGCUAUUGAAGAGAAAUCGCCAUGUGUUCUUGCAUGGCCAAACCAACUUUUGUGCUCCGCCCGCCAUUUUCGAAUCAAAACAAACUAAAAAACAUGAAUCUUUACUGAAAUGUGAAGACUCAAUUGUGAAUUCAAGUAAUCUUAUAGCUGAGGAGGAAACUCCAUCAUGGUUCCAAUAUCCUUUGGAUAAUUCUGUCGAAAGAGAGUUCUCAGAAUUCUUCUAUGGAAUGCCUAGUGCUAAGCAAUUCAGUUUCUAUCCUCAUGGAAAUGUGAUGCUUGCUCCAAACUCAAGCUUAGAUCAUAGUGCCACAAACCUUGUAAAAUUUACAAAUUAUAGAAAGCUGGAGAAGGCUGAUUUGGUAAUAGAAAAAAGAAAAUUUUGUGAAGAAGCAUCAAGUAGUGAAGCUGUGAUUAGCAUGGGAGAUUCAUCCUCCAUGAGAAAGAUACAAUCAAGUUUGGUUUGUGGAAGUAAUGAAGCUCAAAACAAAGCCGAGCUCAGCAGUGUUUUGAGCUAUGUCGAAGGAGCGAAGGACUCUCUACCAAGAUCUACGUUCGAUCAUUUGCAAGCGAAAAUAUACGAGCCUGCAAUUUCUUCAUCAUCUGGCGGCUCUAGGCAAAGCACAACCAAUCACGGUGUUAAGAGGAAGGGAAGGGAUGGAGAGGAAUUCCAUAGUGAGGAGACCGAGUAUGAGUCCGCAGAAGCCAAAAAGCCAACUCAACGAUUAGCGUCUGGCCGCAAAAAUCGUUCAUCUGAAGUUCAUAAUCUGUCAGAGAGGAGGAGAAGGGACAAGAUCAAUGAAAAGAUGCGGGCUUUGCAAGAGCUCAUCCCUCAUUGCAACAAGUCAGAUAAAGCAUCAAUGCUUGAUGAAGCAAUUGAGUAUUUGAAAUCACUACAAUUACAACUUCAGAUAAUGUGGAUGAGAAAUGGAAUGGCACCAAUGUUUCUUCCAAAUAUUCAACAGUAUGUGAAUCAUCAUUCAAUGGCAACAAUAUCAAACCCAGUUCAACUACCAAGGGCUCCAUCUGGUGUUCAGUCUACCACACCUGAAACUUUUGUAACAAACCAACCACCUGCUUGUCCGCUUCAGGGCCCAAAUUCUAUUAAUUUCAGCACCCAGAUCCAUAACUUUCAUCUUCCAGAGCAAUAUUUAAGCUACCUUGGCUUGCCUCAAAUGCAAAUACCUCCUCAGGGUAUGAAGCAGCAAAAUCAGAUGGUUGAUGCAAUUGAUAAACAACAACAUACCAACAGGAAGGGAACUCUCCUGCAGAUUGGUUGGCCAAGAGAGGUCAUUUGGGUAUGAAUUUUGGCAUCUCCCCUCCCAAAAUACUUGUUGUGUUACUCGUCGGAGAUCUUUUCUGAGUUCCUCACAUUCGUCGGUAAUCUUCUCUGCAUCCUAAUGCUACAGCUCCACCUUUAUGUCGUUUUCUCUUUUGGUUACGGUUUCGUGCAUUUGGUUUGGGAUGGGACAUUUUGUUUUAGCUGUCGGACUAUGGUUUUUAUUGAGGUUGUUUUGUGCCAUCUUUGGAGGUGUUGCUGCUCCUCUUUGAUCCACUCCAGCCUACCUGCAU